UCAAAUAAAUAAGAUUUUGUUUUUCUGUGUAACUUUGAUGUAUCCCGCUGUGAAAGUGAUUGUAUCUCACACUCACAUAGGCAAAUUCAUUUUGUUGAAAGCCGGCAAUCUCAGAGAACCAUUCUCCGCUCAAAACAUUUCCCAGUUGAGUUUGAAUCACUAGGCGAGGCGGUCGCAUCAGAGUAAGCCAAAAAUCAGACCGUCGCCUAAUUGAGGAAAUGGCAAUCUCCGCUUGGACGCUUCUGGUGGCGCUGAUCGUCGUGUGGAUUUCUGGAGCGGAGGUCGACGCACAGGUGCCGGGUCCACGGACUCGAUACCAGCCCAACUGGAGCAGCUUGGACCAGAGACCACUGCCCCAGUGGUACGACGAUGCCAAGGUGGGCAUCUUUCUGCACUACGGCGUUUACUCUGUGCCCAGUUUCGGAUCCGAGUGGUUCUGGACCAACUGGAAAAAUCUCCGUAAUCCAGAAUACGUCCAAUUCAUGCAGCGUAAUUACAAGCCGGACUUCACUUAUCAGGAAUUCGCGAGCCAAUUCACAGCGGAGCUAUUCAAUGCCACCAAGUGGGCGUUACUCUUUAAAAAUAGCGGAGCCAGAUACGUAGUGCUCACCAGCAAGCAUCACGACGGCUUCACGCUGUGGCCCUCGAAGAACAGCUACGGAUGGAAUUCCAUGGAUGUGGGACCCAAGCGGGAUAUAGUCAAGGAACUGGCUGCCGCUAUACGAAAGGAGUCCGAUCUUCGGUUCGGACUUUACUAUUCCCUAUUCGAAUGGUUCAACCCACUGUGGACCGACGACAAGCUGCAUCUCUUGAUGCAACAGCACUUCGUGGAGCGAAAGGUGCGGCCGGAGCAAAUGGAGCUGGUGCAGCAGUACCUGCCGGAGAUCAUCUGGUCUGAUGGCGACUGGGAGGCGCCAGCGAAGUACUGGCGCUCCGAGGAGUUCAUCGCCUGGCUGUAUAAUGAUAGCCCUGUGAGGGAUACGGUGGUGACCAACGAUCGCUGGGGUUUCGGCACUGCCUGCAUGCAUGGUGACUUCUACAAUUGUGCCGAUCGCUUCAAUCCCGGCGUUCUGCAGGCCCACAAGUGGGAAAACGCCUUCACACUGGAUCGCACCAGCUGGGGUCAGCGAUUCGAUGUCUCUUUGGCCGAUUUCAUGACCUCCAAGGAAGUCAUUAAAGAGAUUGUCACCACCGUGAGCUGCAAUGGCAAUGUGCUGAUCAAUGUUGGCCCAACCAAGUUUGGAACCAUUCUGCCCAUUUUCGAGGAGCGUCUAAGGGACAUGGGUCGCUGGCUGGAGAUCAAUGGCGAGGGUAUUUACGGCAGUGUGCCCUGGAUUUAUCAAAACGAUACCCUCACCGCAAAUGUUUGGUACACGCGACAAAAGGAGGCAUCCAAUGGAAAAAUCACCGUUUACGCAUUUGUGCUGGAGUAUCCGUACGACACCAAUGAACUGGAUAUUUAUCCGCUUGGCAAGGACGUCAACAUGUUCCAAAAUGUGAUGUUGACUGGCAUCGACAUGGGCACCGGUGGCGAUGUCCUGAAUGAGCAAAGUACCCAGGUAGUCAUGCUGGGCAUGGAGGACACAACAAUUAAGUGGGCUGCUGUCCGUAACAGGUUGCACAUCGAGUUUCCACCCAAACAUCACAUUGACAAAAGAGGCCUUAACUACGCCUGGACUUUCAAAAUAACUAUAAUGUAGUCAUGGCCAUUUAACCAUGUAUUAUUAACCAGACAAAGUUACUUUCGUUUUAUACGAAGGAAAACACGCUCAACUCAUUGCAUUAGUAUAUUGUAUCAGA